UGAUGACUGUGAUGUGCACGCAAGAUGAAUGUUUCUCCAAAAGAUGCCCCAGUAUAUGGUGGUGGAAAAAUAAUUGUUGAAAUACUUGAUCAGCCUCUUUUGGAAGAUGUAAAUUAUUACUUAGUCUUCGAAGGAUCCCAACACCGACAUGUUACUGUUGCUGAACCAAGUUGGACUGGUGGUACUCUCAAACUAAAAGCUCGAAUCCCAAGUCACUCGUCUGCUGAGGAAGUCGAGCUCUCUGCAUACGUCGGUCUUGGGACGACGAGACUCGCCUCCACCCGAUUCCAGUAUGCGAGCGACUCUGCCCAUCAGAUGGCGCUGUUCCUGCUGGGGUGCCCCGAUCGACCGGAGCCCCUGAAGGAGCUCGCCGACCGCGGGCCCCUCGCCCCCGAGGACCGUUGCCAGCUGGAUCGGAAGCUGACAGCCGUCUUCAAGACCCUGCAGCUGCCACGAUGCUGGAAUAUGAUGGGAACAGACCUCAAAGGCAGUGAAUCAACCGAGCGCCUUCUGCAUUUCUCGGCCCGCCUCGGACUGAGCGAACUGUCGGCGCAUUUCCUGAGCCUGCCGGGCAGCCAAGCCGCCCUCAGCGCCCCCAACCACGAGGGUCUUCUGCCCGAAGACCUCGCGCUCCAGAACGGGUACCACGACCUCUCCAGUCUGCUACAAUUCUGCCGGAAGCAAGAAAACGGUUUUGAACCUUACAAAUCUGCUGUUGAGCCAAAAGAAAAAGUUCAGCCUUUAGUCAUCACCACAGAUAUUAAACAAAACCAUACCGACGUUGAGCAUGAUAUCUUAGAACUAGAGGAACAAAAACUUCUUUUAUCAGAUAUCGAAUCAGAAGAUAACGAUACAGAAAACAUGAAAGAGCUCAAUCCUACUCAAAAUGGGCAUCUCCAAGAAAAUUUGAUGUUCAAGUUGAAAGAUGCCCAGAUUUUCAACAACUCAAAUCGAUCAGCCUCGUUGCCGAGGCAUGCUUUGCGAAACCAAAUCCCUCGCUUCCAGACUAGGGUUGUGGCGGGGGAUGGCGUGGUCCCAAAGCUUGCUGAGUAG